GUGUGGAACAGACAGAACUGUCCUGCGUUUAUUUGAGCUUUAACUUCUGACGCUUGCCUUAAAAACACCCAAGGAACUGUACUUUAACUUUUUUCUUUUUCUUUUUUUUUUUUUUACAUUCAGCGCCGCUAUAUUUUUAUUUCCCCCUCUGGAUUCUUGAGUGUUUUACCGGUCGCGCGCUCUUGCUGCUGUUGACCAAACACUCUCGCGCGUGUUUGGAGUGCGCGCGAGCUGAAAGUAUACGGGGGUUUCUGUUGCACGCGUUCGCUUUCCGGGCGUUUGUAGGGUGAGGAGGACUUUCAAUCACCCGAGAAAUGCCGCAGUUGUCAGGUGGAGGAGGCGGCGGGGACCCGGAGCUCUGCGCCACCGAUGAAAUGAUACCGUUCAAAGACGAGGGAGACCCGCACAAGGAGCAGAUCUUCGCGGAGAUCAACCACUCCGAGGAGGAGGGAGACUUAGCGGAGAUCAAGUCAUCUCUGGUCAACGAGACAGAAAUCAGUCCCAACAGUAACAAUCACGACGCAGCUAGACAGUCCCAAAUAACACCAGACUCUUACCAUGAGAAGCACAGGGACCAUCCGGACGAUGGAAAGCUCCAGGACAUGUACAGCAAAGGCCACCCGUACCCCAGUUACCCAGGAUACAUCAUGAUGACCAAUAUGAACAAUGAUUCCUACAUGAACAACGGUUCUCUCUCGCCUCCCAUUCCCAGAACGUCAAAUAAGGUGCCGGUGGUUCAGCCGUCCCAUGCCGUUCACCCCCUCACCCCUCUGAUCACAUACAGUGACGAGCACUUCGCCCCCGGCCCACACUCGGGACACCACCCACAGGACAUCAACCCCAAGCAAGCAGGUAUGCCCAGGCAUCAUCCUGGACCAGACAUUCCCAAUUUCUACCCUCUCUCCCCUGGGGGAGUUGGACAGAUGACCCCUCCACUGGGAUGGUUCUCUCAUCACAUGGUACCAGGCCCUCCUGGACCCCAUGCCACGGGAAUCCCCCAUCCCGCCAUUGUCAACCCGCAGGUGAAACACGAACCGCAUCACGACACAGACCUGAUGCACAUGAAAUCUCAGCAUGAGCAGAGAAAGGAGCAGGAGCCCAAAAGACCUCACAUCAAGAAACCUCUAAACGCUUUCAUGCUGUAUAUGAAAGAGAUGCGUGCCAAUGUGGUGGCCGAAUGCACGCUGAAGGAGAGCGCCGCAAUCAAUCAGAUCCUCGGCCGGAGGUGGCAUGCUUUAUCUCGGGAAGAGCAAGCUAAGUAUUACGAAUUAGCCCGCAAGGAACGGCAGCUCCAUAUGCAGCUUUACCCAGGAUGGUCUGCCAGAGACAAUUAUGGAAAGAAAAAGAAGCGGAAGCGGGAAAAGAUCCAGGAACCUGCCCCAGGAGGAAAACGGACUUCUUUUUCCUCUUGCAAAGCAAAGACAGCAGCUACAGGCCCCCUUUUAGAGAUGGAAGCCUGCUAGACUCCUCAACCUUUCACCCCUCCGUCACCUCUUGACCCCUGAGGAAUAUCCAGAGGGUCCCGGUCCUUGAAUCUGCUCCUCGGCUGCAGGCGCUGCUGUAGAGACGUUGAACUGAGAACAGACAAUCACCAACACAGGCCCUCACGCAGACCCGUGAAUACCUUUUAAGUUUUUUUUUUUGUUUUCUGUCCUGAAUUCACUCCUGAAGCCGAAGGCGUUGCACUGAUUAUGUUCCUCGACCGUUUGUAAAGCGCACAUAUGGGCACAUGUACACAAACACACACGUUCCUACACCUGUUCCUAAGUUAUUCUAAGUUAUUUGGCACCUCUGUCUCUUCUGUGUGUUCACGACGUCACUCCCUUACUUCCUCUCGUGCCCCGUAAAAUGUAGCAUAGCGGGGACCCGACACGCCACACAAC